AUGUCUCAUCAACAGCAUCAACAGCAUCAAACAUAUGAAAAACCAAGCUUACCGUCUAUUCAAUUCCUUUUGAAUACAUCUACUCUAGAUCAACCAAAAAGGCAACACAAUAGACAGAGUGCUAGCAUUAGUAGUCUUCCAUCUGAACUACAGCAAUUGUCAUUAGCAGCACCUGCUUCUAAUGCUAUACCCGAGAGAAGUGAAAACCACCAGCCGAGUUGGAUGAUGAUGCCGCCUACCAAUGCUACUGCUAUUACCACAACACAGAACUAUAGAAGACCGCCUGGUGCGAGUCAUACCAGAUCGAUAUCACUUGCUAAUUCUACAAUGGUAUUUUCUGCUCCUCCUCCUCCUCCUCCUCCUCCUCCUUCAUUAACCACCACUCCUCAUUUCCCAUCAUCUUCAUCCUCAAAGAGUCGACACCGCCGCACCGUCUCUGCAAACACAACCAUUCAGCAUGAUCUAUUCUCCAGUAAUUUACCCUUCAUCAGCGAGCAGCAACCACACGCAACAAGAGCACAUACAGAUAGUCCACCAGCAAAAUUCAAAGAUUCCCCUCAGCAAAAGCAAUUGAAUGUUGCACUGAACAUGAGCCCAACGCUAUUUCUCAAUGAACUGGGAGACAGGAAGCAUGAAGAAAAGACAGAAGAGUAUGAAAAUGUGCUGGUAGCAAGAGAUGAGCAGACAGGAAGAUAUUACUGUCCCUUUUGCAACAAGGCAUUCAAUCGUCCCUCGUCGCUCCGAAUUCAUACUUAUUCCCAUACUGGGGAAAAGCCUUUUGUGUGUCAAGAAGAGGGAUGUGGACGACAAUUCAGUGUACAGAGCAAUAUGCGUAGACAUCUUCGAGUUCAUAGAUUAGGAAGAUCAAAAAAGUAA